AUGUAUUGGAUAAAUGAGAGCGCAAAUUUUUUGCGUUGCAGAUGCUCGCUUUGUGUGCGUUUUCGUGCCCUCUUCACGCUUCGUAACCUUGGCUGCGAUCAGUCAGUGCAGUGGAUCGGGCGCUGCUUCAAUGACUCCUCAGCGUUGCUCAAACAUGAACUGGCCUACUGUCUUGGCCAGACUCGGAAUCCCUCAGCUGUGCCGAUCCUCGAAGCUGUUCUUCAAGACGACCAAACUAUUGUGCGUCACGAAGCCGGUGAAGCACUAGGAGCAAUUGGCUUGCCCUCUUCAAUCCCUGUGCUUGAGCGGUACGUAAAAGACAAAAAUCAAGUGAUCUCAGAAACGUGCCAGCUAGCUGUGCAAAGGAUACAGUGGUUACAAGAUUGCAAAAUGGAUGACAGAGCACUUGAAAAAAGUCCAUAUAAUUCGGUGGAUCCAACACCAGCAGCAGCAGAAACCAACGUUGAUCUUCUUGCUUGGACGUUAACAGAUCCAAAAAAAACUUUGUGGGAGCGGUACCAAGCGCUGUUUAGUCUUCGUAAUCUAAGCACUGAUGAAUCCAUAAAAGCGCUUGCAAAAGGACUGAGUUGCACUGACAGUGCCUUGCUCCGCCAUGAGGUUGCGUAUGCCUUAGGACAAGCUCAGUCACCAGUGGCAGUCGAGGACCUGAAAUGUUUGCUGGAAAAUGCAGAAGAAAAUCAUAUGGUACGGCACGAAUGCGCCGAAGCACUGGGAGCUAUAGCAACAGAGGAAUGCAUGGAAGUGCUGAAGAAGUAUCGAACCGACUCAGAGGUAGCCGCUGGAUUCACAUUCAUUUUGUCAUAA